GUGCAGUUCUUUGUUUAAUUAAAUUAUAAUGGCGGAAAGUCACACUCCAACAAAUCGGCGCAAACUCUGCUUUAAUCGCACGCCGAAUGUGAAGAGGGAGAUCGUUUGGAACACGCUCAACGUCAACUCCAUUAAUGCGCGUUGCUUUACGCCAAUUCUUGGUGAAUUUCGUUCGCCCAAUUUGUCACCUAUUAAAAAUAUGCGGAGCUUAAAAAGUCCCGUCUCGCCGAUGAUCUUUAAGAAGCCACUAGAGAAAACGCAACAGCAAGAACAGCAAAAGUUGACGCCACCAAAGAUUAAGGUGUCUGACAAGAAGAAGACGCAUAAGGAAGAGGAUAACAACAACAGUUUGGAUAACUUCUUGGAUGAUUCAAGUGAUGCCAACAUUGAAACAUCGCUGACAGUGGAAACACGUCGUCGUUCCAUGCAGGCAAUAAACCAUAACUAUGUCAUCAAUCAUGCCAGCAAUGUCAAGGAAGUCCUGCUCAUGGUUGGCCUCGAGAGAUAUCUGGAUAAAUUUGAGAAAUCGCAUAUUGAUCUCAUCGACCUGGUGUCCAUGAAACGCGCCGACCUCAAAAAGAUUGGUCUGCGCAAGAAUGAGGACUGUGAUCGUAUUCUGGAUGCCCUCAAGGCGCUUUAAUUUGCCAUCUUCAGGCGAUCGCUGGAUGAUUUGCCUGUCUAUUUUAAAUAUUUUAAUGUGUUUUUGUAUUGUAUUAAUUAAUAAAUCGAAUAUUUUUGUGCUGCAUCGAAA